AUGAUUUCAAAAACGAGUCCUCUUUAUGAGCCUUUGAACGAAGCAACCGACGAGAUCCGACUUCUCACACUCCUACCAAAGUCACGCAGCACUGGAAUUCCUCAUUGUUUGGCACCCCUAAAACGCUUACACUCGAAGCACCCGCCACCAAGUCAUUACCGUUUUACAUGGGGGGACUACGCCGCUCUCUCCUAUGUAUGGGGUGAUGAGAAAGAUACUACUAUUAUUGCGAUCAAUAACAAACGUAGGCGAGUGACGACCAAUCUCGCCAAGGCUCUCUCGGCAUUUGUCCAGGAUGGAGAGUUUGAGGAUGGCUACAAGCUUUGGGUCGACGCCAUCUGUAUUAACCAACAAGACAUGGACGAGCGUGCACGACAAUUACGGAAGAUGCGCCACAUAUAUGGCGAUGCAUGGUCGGUGGUUGCGUGGUUAGGCGAACCGAGCUUUCAAAGCGACUCAGCUAUUCAGCUCAUCCGCGACUUUGCCGAUCUCAGCAAAACAAACUCUGGUAGUCAAAUCGAAUCUUGCCUAAGGAGGGAACCAGAGUUUCUUGGGAAAGGCUGCUGGUUGGCACUCCAUGACCUAAUGGAGCGACCCUAUUGGUCUCGUCUAUGGAUCAUACAAGAGAUGAUUAUGGGUGCCUCCGCUACAUGGAUUCGAUGCGGAUGUGCAUCUAUCGACUGGGUAUCUUUUUGUUCUGGCCUUGCCUUUCUCGAGGAGAAUCUGUGGCUCGUGAAGGAUGAGCUGCUUGUAAGGGAGCGCUUGGCGGUGACAAAAAAGAACGGGCCAGCUUGGUCAGUCAUGGGUAUUCACCUAGUCUAUCAAGACCUCUCGAUCUUGAGUGAACGCGAAGAAAAGGGCGGACAGUAUCCCAGUUUUGGACGACUACUUGACAUCGCCAAUGAUGCUGAGUGUUCCAAUCCAAGGGAUAAAGUCUACGGGCUUGUUGGAAUGAUGUCUAUUCCGGUGUCCAGCAGUCUGCGGCCCGAUUACACUCUUCCAGUGAAUCAGGUCUAUGCUGCCACAGCGAGAACCUUCAUCGAGGUUGACGGUAAUCUGGAGCCCAUUCGCGAUGGAAACCCGUGGGGUCCGUCAAAAGGUCCAUCGUGGGCUGCGGACUGGUUAUGGGAGGGCCGGAUCAGAUCGUCGAGACCUGAGAAUCAGCUUUGGGGUCCUACCCGGUUCUUUCCAAGGCUGGGCCCUGAAAUUUUGUUCCAAACUCCAUACAAGGCCAGUGGAGACACCAGACACGAUGCUACGUUCUCUAUCGAUGGAUCUAUACUUACAUGCAGCGGGUUUAUUGUUGACAGUAUCUCUGGGCUUUCUGCAAGGGGAACGGGGUAUUUCGACUUGGACAAAACCUCCAUCGUGCAACCCCAUCGGUGGAACAGCGCCUAUGGUGACAGAAGUGCGACUUCGGAGGCUUUGUACUGUACCCUCGUGAUGGAUAGAAUUUCUGGGGGCGCGAGAGCCACUGCUCGCCAUGCUGCCAUAUUCCAUUUACCUCGUUUCCACGAGGUGAACUCAAGCUUUAAACUGGGCGAUGACCAACUCUCGGACUUCUUCGACGACACGAUCCCAGAUGAGGCAUCGGAAUUUGACUUUAGCGAGGUAUAUUCAUGCUUUGACAGAUCAUCACAGAGGCGAAGAUUCAUGGCUACUGCCAAUGGCUACAUAGGUUGGGCUCCGGACAACAUCUAUGGGACGAAGAGUCAACAGACUAAAACUGGAGAUCUCAUUGCUGUCUUGUGCGGCUGCAGUACUCCUAUUGUCGUCCGACCUCACGGCCAUCAAUACCAGGUUAUCGGUGAAGCAUUUGUCCAAGGAUUGAUGGAUGGGGAGGUAAUGGAGUUGGUGAAUUCUGGAAAGUUGGAACGAAAAUGCUAA